GUGAGAGUUUUCUAGCAGACUUAGUGGGUGUUUGGUGCAGCUGGGCGGAAGACCUUUUGAAGUCCAAAAGGUGCAGCUGCACCAAACACCCUAACUUUUGAAAUGAGCUUUAGCUCCCGGGAAGCAAAAGUUAGCUUCCACCUUUUGAAAAUUGAGAAUUUUUUCUUUAAUUCUCAUCUUCUCCACCUGCCGAUUUCCUCUGUUCCAGUUUCGAAGCCGUUGCUUCCAUCUCCUUCUUUCGAUCUGGGCCAAGCGACGAAGCGGCAUGGGUCGGUGAAGCCGAACGAAGCGGCAAUACCGGAGGGGAGUGAAGCGGAGGGUGUUCCGGCCACGAGACUUGACAAGAACUUUGGAUUCUCGAAGCAUUUUGGGAGCAAGUGCGAGCUCGGGGAGGAAGUUCAGAGAGGCCAUUUUGGUUAUACCUGCUCAGCCAAGUUCAAGAAAGGGGAACUCAAAGGACAACAAGUUGCUGUUAAGGUUAUACCCAAAGCGAAGGUAAGCUUGUAGUUCAUUAUUUUGGGUGCUUACUGCUUAGUAUAUGUGGGUGUAGGAGCCAAAGGCUGCUUGAGCAAAAUCAAGCUCAGAUUCCAGGGAAGUAAGCAAGACUUGAUUUCACCUAUCAUGGGUUUUGAUUGUUCGG